CUCCUCUUCAUUGUUUUUGUGUCUCUCUGAGCGUUCCCUGCAUCCAUCCACAGAAAAACUACAACUCCCACAAUUCCCUGGGAUUUAAAUGAAGCCAGCUACGGGUGCCCGGAUGGCUUGACAGUCAGGCACGUUGGAAGGCACAGCGGAGACUGAGGCGCACUGAGACAGAGAGCUGGAAUUGCAGAGGCUUCGGACGCACGGUCGAUGUUCGCCUCCCGCAUACCGGGGAGUCCCGAUCCCGUCAGCAGCCCCGGAGCCCAGGGUCCCACUGCGGUCAUGUCAGCGCCUUCAACUGGAAGGAGACUGUGAGAGAAAAACCCCUCUCUCCCCUUAUUUAAAAUCUCUUCCCCCUUUUUUUUGUGUCAUUUUCCCCACAUUUGUGGGUGCAGAUAUUGGUGUUGAAGCCACAGCAGGAGCGGUUUUUCCAGCUGACGCGCGGCAGGGCAGGAGGAGACGGCGCUUUACAUUGAUGUGGGAGGACAGUCUCCCUCCGAAGCGGGGAGCUCCGAUGAAGGGGAGAUGUGGCUCGGUGACGGCUGCAGCCGUCAAGGCUACGGCUCCGUGAGCCGGCGUGAAGAGCAGCGUGCGCCGCCAGCCGCACCAGCCAGCCCGCGCUGGACCGCGACCGCUCCGGAGACUCCGGCUCUCUGCGUGCAUGCAACCAUGGGCAAAAGACAGAAGCUGAGGGAAGAGAGAGAACUAUGUGAGCUCUCCACUGCAGUAUUGAUGACCCAAUGAUCCCCUGCAGAACAGAGCCAGUCAGGCAGACAGAGUGAGGCUCAACCCAGAAUCAAAAUCAGCACCGCGAUCAUUUGGUGCUUGAAUCUUCUCUUGUCAUCUGUGGGAGACAGCUUAAGCUGAGGAGGUGCUCAGCUGCAGACGGCUGAAAUCAUUUCUUUUCCUCCCUCACUAUCAGCUAAACUGUCUACUGAAUGAGUGGUUCAUCGGGUCAUUUACAUUCCAGCCAAACUGGGGCUCCAGUGGGCUGUGGCGAGACUCCGGCUGAGGAGAAGGGCUGCGUGGGGGGGUCUGAGGGGGUGGAAGGACCUGAACUCUGGACGAGGGAACUCUUGCUCCAGCCGGGGUUCCAGGAAACGGCUCGUGAUGGACUGGCACUGGUGACCCCUGACCACGUCCCCCCCUCCUCUCCAUCCACCCUGGCCAACGGCGUCCACCUGCAGAGAAGGCUCAAGCACAGCACCUGCCGGCGGAGGCCCAGCGAGACUCACACCACCACCGACACCCACACGGCCGCAGAGACGCACACGGCCGCGGAGACGCACGCAUUUGCAGAGACACUUAGAAAUAUGCAAACACAUAUAGACCCGGAUGUGCACACGCAGACGUUUUCAUAUAUGGACAAUGGCGGGCACAAGGAAAUCACCACUCACGUGAGUUCUGUAGGCCCAGAGCUCUCUAAAACCCUCACAUCAGAGGCCAUACGUACAACGUCACCCAAGCCUUUGUCCUUGGCACUGGGCAAUCAUGCUGCCUCCAUCAAUCAAGUGGCAGCCCCGGUCCAAACCUCGGAGGCAGACCCGCCCUCAACGCUUUGUCUGGUCCCUCCUGUUGCAAACCCGAGCACGGGCUCCUCCCCUCUCCCCGUGGAGACAGAAAAGAAGUACGCACUCCGCAGCUCUGGGCGCCCUCGCUUCCGCUGUCACCUACGCAAGUCCUCCCGCCUGCGGCGAAGCAUAGAGGACGAUGAAAAAAAAACGGAGGGAGAGAAGGAGGAAAUACUGGAGGAGAAAAUCUGGAUGGUGAAGGAGGAGGAGGUGGUGGCUGCCGGGGAUAAAAAGGAGCAAUCAUCUGUGGAAGCCACUCUCCCCACGCCUGCCAGUCAAACUGACCUUGCUCUUGCACUAACUGUACCUAAACCCGCUCCUAAGGUUCUACCUAAACCUGGGCCCAGACUCGGCCAUAGACCCGGACCUAAAUCUCGGUGCAGGCCCUCGCCCAAACCUGUACACAAAGCAGGUCCUAAGAGCGUUAUGAAGCAGCGCCAGGCGGCCCAGGCCAUCUACCAAUGUGCCACUCCUAUUCAUCCAAUCGCAUCCUGCCUCCCGGCACCGGUGUCUGCGGUGAAAGGACAACCUGUUGCAGAGUUGGGGGGGUGUCCUCCCAAUAACAGCAGACGAGGACGUUAUGUCGGCGUGAGGAAGAUCGUCGUCAAGGUGGCUCGCAUUCCUGUGAGUCUUAGCCGCCGACAGAAGAGCUACAAAAUUUCUAAUUUGGAGACGGUUGCAGUGACAGAGAAAAGUAACGAUGGAAACCUGGAGGGCUCCGAGGCCGUCCGGGAGCCCACUGCCCUCCUCCGCAUGAAGAACAAUGGAAAAAGCGUGAUGGUGAUGUUCCCCCCCGGAGAGCUGCCCGUUAUCCUCAAGCGCAGGCGAGGACGGCCGCCCAAACAGGCCUUGAACACGGCCGUGCAGGGGGAGCCUCCAAACGCCGCCGCCGGCGCUGCUGGAGACCAGGCCAAGAAGCCUCGGAGGCGACGGCGGACUAAACUGCCUUUUCCGUUCCCGUCGUACGUUAAUGAUACGAAUGAUGUGAAAACAGAGUACGGGGAUGUUCUUUCCAAACUGGCCUUUUUAAACCGCCAACCUCCCGCUACCGGCCGCUGCUCUCCGCCUCGCUGCUGGACGCCCAGUGAGCCGGAAAGCUUUCAUGCUCCCUUGGAAAACCCGGGAAUAUCCACCCUGCUCCACAGGCUCACGGCGUACAGACGCCCCAGAGGUGGCAGGGGAGGGGGGCACGGGAGAGGUGGAGGAGCAGCGGGGGGCGUUGGGGGUCCUGGGUGCAAUAAGAGUACUUUCAGUGAUUUCUUUGAAUCUAUAGGAAAAAAGAGGAAACUGAGCCCUUCGUCUGAGCGUGGAUUACCCAGGAAAAGAGGGAAAGGUGCGGGCGGAGGAGGGGUAGGUAGAGGAGGCGGUGUGGUGGGAACAGAGCCUGGGGGGGAGAAAAUAUUCAGGAAGAGACGUAUGAAAAAAAACGGUGCGUUUAAAGGGGUGGGAAUGUCCAUGGGGAAGGACUGGCCCAACGGAGCAGGAGGCUGGGGCGACGAGAGGGCCAUGGACAAGGAGAAAGGUCUGGGUGGCUAUCAAGUCUGUGGCGCUCCAAGAGGGGACUUCUCUUCCUGUGAAUUUGGACGGGGAGGUGGCUACGGCGGGGCGGGAGGAAGCAGAAGGCUCGGGCCGGCUGGAGAGGACUCCCAAGGUCUAUUUGCUGGUUAUUUUCGAUCACUGCUCGACUCUGAUGACUCCUCAGACCUGUUGGACAUUUCCUCCGCGCAGUCGGACCCCCGCAAAGCUUCAUCCACUCCUGGCUACGAGCCGUCCAGCCCCGUGGCCGGUCACAGCUGGUCCCCUGCAUUUCCCAAGUGGAGCACGAAGGGUGCGAGUUCCGGGGUGGAGGGUUCAUCCCAGGCACACUGCUCCUCCUCCAGGCCCCCCUAUAACUACAGCGGCAUGGCCCAAACGUCCCCCACCACUUCAGCCUAUCCUAAAUCUACUCCUCCAUCUCUGUCCCACUCCCCUAGUUCCCCCCAUCCCUCCUCCUACGGUCACUACUCCUCCAGCUACUCCUGCUCUUCUCCCGCAGUGCCACAAAGAUCCUCAGACUGCAGUUUUCCGUACCGGGCCGGUCACGGCAGCUGUAAGGCCCCCCCUGUUGGUCAAAUGGGUUACUCUAGUUUCCAGGCAGCAGCAGCCAAGCAGGGUUACGGCGGAUAUCUCGCAGCAAGCCAUUCUUCUGUCGUGCGAGGGGAGCUGACGGGACCCACGUCACCUGGAGGAGGGUACAUGUCUGUGGCCAAAAGCAGCCCCUUCAGCUUAUCCUCCCCGGAGGUUUACAAGCCGUACAGCUCCAAUCAGUGGAGCUGCAGGCAAGGUUAUGGCGGCUGGUCAACAGACAGCUUCGGGUCUCAGUAUCACGGCUACAGUGAAUAUGGCUCCAGUGAGUCCAAAGACAUCCUGGAUAUCUCUAACUACACCCCCCAGAAGGCUAAGCGGCAGCCGUUUCCUGACAGUCUGUCAGAAUCCUCCUCCGACUCGUCACAUCUCGGCUCCACGGCCGCCGGCGGCGGCCAGAACUCCACGGGUGGCGCGUACAAACAACACGAGGCCGGGUCAGUCGGUGGAGAGGGGGGGCAAUCCAGUCUGUCCAGCCUGGAGAAACUGAUGAUGGAUUGGCACGAGACCGCUUCGGGCCCGUCGUACAACUGGAGCCAGAACGUCCUGUUCACGGGCGGCGGGACGAGCAAGCCUGGCCGCGGUCGCAGAAAACGGACGGAACCACAUUUAGAAAAAGAAGGGUGUUCUGCGUUACACUCCGACUCCCCGUCCAGUCCCUCCCCAACGCCUACUCCUGGACCUAAGCGGGGAGGGGUUGGAGGACGGGGUAGAGGGUCUAGAGGGGGGAGAGGAGGUCUGUCUCCCUGUCAGAAAGAGCGGCCAUCAGGGUCCAAAGGCAGAGGCAAGGCUUCCUCUGCGCCGGGGGCAGGACUAGCAGUGUCUGCUGGAGGUCCUGAGGGAUCUGGGUUGUUUCACGAGGGUCUGGAUUAUUACAGCGGAGACAGUAGUAGCCUUUCUCCCCUGGCCACUCCUAACCCUGCUCCCCCUUCCAGCUACCUCCAGGAGCCCUGCGAGUACCCCUCCCCUUAUUCAGCCCACCCGUCCACACCAUCUUCUGAGGACCGAUAUCCAGUCCUAUACCCUGGCGAGUCCUGCUCUUCCCUUUCACCCAGUGUCUCAUCUCCCCCUUACCCUCCCAAGCCCACCCCUCCACCUCCCCAGUCUUUCCACCUCGCUCCCUCCAGGACCUUCUCCCCAUCCUGCUCCCCCUCACCACGAUUAACUCCCCACUGUAGCAUAGCACUAAGCCCCUCGCAACGAGCCCCUGCAAAGGACCACCAGUUUUCCCAGUACGACUCCCCCAGCUACUGCAGCUCCCCUUACUGGUACGGACAGACGUCGCACAGCGGCAGCCCCAGCCCGCACUCCCACUCCAACACGGCCAUGCACGUACACAGCAACCCGCACACGAGUCCUCACGGGAAUACACCCGCUAAUUCCCUCACCAGCCCGACUACAAACACGCAGACGCACAUGACGUCCCCGGAUACGCAUCAUCACAGCACGCAGCCCCACACGAGCCUGAGCUCGCACACGCCCUCGCACCCCAGCCCGCACCUGCAGGGCAACCUGCUCUCCCACUCCAGCAACCCGGCCCACCACAACACACACCUCCCGUCCUAUAACAACCCCAGUCCCGGCCUGCACUCCAACUCCACGCCUGCGCUUUUCGAGGAGCGCGCCCCACCUUCUGCCAUGAACCCCAUCAAGCGGGAUCUGACCCCCCACACCAUGAGCACAGGCCACUGCCCGGCCCCCAUGCCCCACUCCCCGUACCCCAAACCCCCUCUGGACUCCUCGCCGCACCAGGAAGACGCAAGUGGCUACUGCUUGCCCCAGCAAUCCUACCAGGGCAUGGGACACCGCUACCCGCCCCAGGCAGCUCAGGGUGCAGGAGUGCUGUGCCAGCUCCUGGACCCAGCAAAUGAUGACAGCUUCAGCGUAACCAGCCUGUAACAGCAGGUGCAGUCCAAGCUUUUACAAAAACUUGCGAACAUUGCUUUCUUUUUUUAAGGGGACUUGUGAGAGACUGUGAAACGAAGGGUGAGAAUUUAGCUGCCAGCUUUGGACAAUAAAGCUUUAAUUCUCCAGCAUUGACAAUCAAGAUCAACCCACAUAUUCAACUGUGUACAUACACACACAUAACACACAGAUACACACACACGUACACAGACACGCAUGCGCAGAUCAAGUCACAUAUCCAAACAUUACCACAUAAAGUCAUAUGUAAGCACUCUGCGCUGGAACGAGGGAAUGACCAAGAGGAGCUGAGAGGCGAAUACCAGACGCAAGAGGUCGGAGAUAAACCUAUUUCCUCAUCCCUUCGAGUGCUCCUGUGAAACAUGCAGUAUCUCACCAAAUAUUUUUCUUUCUGUUCCGUACACCUGCAAUGUAGACGAACUCAAAUCACACUUUCUCUCGCUCUUUCUGUUCCUCUUCUCUGUUGUCUCCCGGCUUCCCCUCCUCUGCUUAACCAGCAACAAUGUUCUGCACUCAGAUCACUUAAAUGUCUUGUGCCCCAAAAACCUAAGCCGCAUCUGAGCCAAAAUCAACUUUUGAAAAACCUUGAGCUUCGCCAGUGUCCCGCUCUGUGCACUCGUGUGUGUCGUGUCCCAUGAGAGAAAAAGUGGACUUAAAUGAGUUUCUGCUAUUAAAAUACCAGCAUCUGUACAUAUGAAUCCAGCUCCAAGCCAGGGGGCCUCUCGUCUCUCCGAAGGCCCAUCAUCUGCGUUCUGCCAUGGUUUCUCUGCUCUGGGGGGGGGAGGGGGCUCAACAUCCUGUGUUUUGCUGUUUUAACUAAAUGGGAAAGAGACAUUGAAAUUACGAAACGGCCCCAAAGAGACUUUUGUUGUUUUUUUGUUUUUUUUUUUUUUUUUUUUUUUGUUGUGUGUGCGUGUGAAUGCAAGACAGAGAAUGCAUUUGCGUGACUGGGGCGAUGCAUGUAUUUGCGCGCAUAUCCUGUAUAUGUGUGCGUGCGUGUGGGGUCAGAAGGUGGGAAGCUCCCGAGACGCCAAAGUCUUGGUGGGGCUUCAUUCUUACUUUCACUCUCUCCCUUCUUUUUAUGUGGUCUUGUGUUGUUUAGUGGUUUUUGUGAUGAAAAAGAAAUGUAUAUCAGUCUGUUACAUAUCAUGUAUGUAUCUGAGGUGCAAAAUAUUUAAA